UUGGAGUUCCUCCGUGAAGUCUCAUCCGCAGACGAGGUUCUCUUCACUCCAAGCAGAGUUCCGAUGGCUGACUAGGGAGCUGUUCCUGUCGACGUCAACUUUGUUGUUCCUCCAAAUCAGCGCUCGUCGUCUCAUUCUCCCAAACCAUCAUCGUCGGUCGGCUCCUCGUUUGCCUGCCAGGCUCUGAGCCAGCUUGCCAACGAUCUCGUCGCUACUGUAAACGUCAGCUGUGAGUGUGCUCCGUGCAGCCCCGACGAGCAGGGUUUGACAGCGCCCGAGAAGAAAAGUUCCAAGCAGUGAGGAGAGUCGCUGCCACCGAUACCAGUGUCCCGAUGGCGAACGCCCCGCUCGAGACCGGGGCGGCGGUGGCCCCCGCGGUGCACUCGAAGCCUACGGGAGCCCCAAAGACUCCCGAACGAACACCGGGAAAAACGCAGCAAGAUGAUGAGUUCCUCGUCGAGUGGGGCUUCGAUCUCGACACGCUCUACAAAAUGGCCAAGCAAUUCUUCUGUCAAAACGUGGGCAAGGCUUUCCAUGUGUCCUACGAGGACAAGACUAAACUCGUCGCCUACACCCAACAAGUCAAACACGGCGUUUACGAUAACUCGAAAAUCACCGCCGUCGGCUACCUGGACGUCAUCGGCCAAGAUCGUCAUGAUGCAUGGCUUGCGCUGGGUGACAUGGAUGCCACCACGGCGAAGCAAGAGUUUGUGGCAUUGCUUCACGACCGUUGUCCCCUUUUCCGACCUUUCGUUUGCGCACACAAGGCGAGCUUACAGCAACAAGAGCAGAUACAGCGAGAACCGCAGCAGACAGGCGGCGUGUCUUCGUCGCCGUCUUCCACGGCUUCCAGCCCAAUCCAUAAUUCUAGUCCGAACGAAGAGCUGAUUAGGGCCGCUCUUAAUCAACAGACCUUCGGUCAAUUCACUGCAUACGCAGCCCAACAAUAUCCCCAGAGCCCUGAGCACCAACACAUGGUCAUCAAACAACUUCAAGAAGAACAUUUCAAACAGUACAUGCGACAACUGGCGGAACAAACGGCAGCGCUCUCGCUGAACGGUCACCGGAAUCAGUCGGGACCGGCGGGGGAAGUAGCCCCGGGAGAAGCAGUGCUACAUUCCGAGCUCCCGAGUUCGACGGUUACAACUCAUUGCACUGAGAUCCCCGAGAACGAUGAACGCCUGCAGCCUUAUCACGAGCACCACAACCACGGAACGACCGAGGUAUCGGACAAUGAUUCGGACGAGGACGGUUCUCUAAUCUCCGUUGCCGAACCGACGAUGUGGACCCGGAAAGAAAUCGUCGAGUUCAAAGAGGACAUCAGAGAAGAAGGAGGUGACAGCAUCAUCAAGGUUGGACACGGAGAGACCGUCACCGUGCGAGUUCCCACUCAUGCGGAUGGACAGUGCCUGUACUGGGAAUUUGCGACCGACACCUACGACAUCGCUUUCGGUGUUUAUUUCGAAUGGAAUAAAACGCCUGGAAACACCGUGUCCGUUCACAUCAGCGACUCGGAAGAUGAGUCAGGCGAAGAAGAGGACGACACGACUGAGACCGAUAUUGAAGCCGUCAAACCAGCCGUCGACCUCGAGCCUCCCUCGUCGAUCAUCAUCCCUAUCUAUCGUCGCGAUUGUCACCAUGAGGUUUAUGUCGGUCGACAUCAGUAUCCCGGCCAGGGAAUUUAUUUAUUGAAGUUCGACAAUUCCUACUCCCUCUGGCGAGGGAAGACCCUGUACUAUCGCGUGUACUACACGAGAUAGCCGCCUUAAGGCAAGAGUACCGUGUCGGGCACCAACUGGUGCUCAAUGUUUAUCUGUCUGUUGAGUUUUGAAUGCACUAAAUACCCCUCCGAACUGAAACUUACUAGUCAUCAAUGAGCGGAUGAUCGAGCCGACAAGCCAGCCAGCCAAGUAACCCACCCACUAACAACCAAGCCUUCGAUGCCUAGGUAACUCAAUGAGUUUUGGAUGUAAAUUCGGAGAGCGGACGUUUAGACCCAGCUUAAUAUAUUCUUCCAAACAACGCGAGCGAGAACAUGUCAUUUUCCGAAUGUCCAUUCGUGUACUCA